UGCCAAUUUCAGGGGGCAGCUCCGGUUCCCUCCCCGCCCCCUGCUCUUAUUCCUCCUCCUGACCCUUUUUCUCUUGGCUCUUUGGGCAGUUUCUCCAGGACCCAGCAGUGUCCGCUGCUCUGGGCCACUCCCUACCCCACCCCCACGUGGAGCCCCUAACUCAGGAUUUGGUACCUAGGGGGCCUUCCCUGUCCCCAGCUAACCACCUCUGGAUCAGGAGAAGCGGCCCAGAUCCUCUGCCUCYAGGAGUACUACAGACAGGAUGGGGGCCAGGAUGGUGCCAGGUCUGAGACAGGCACUGCUGUUACUGUUGKUGCUGGGGACACCCAAGUCAGGGGUCCAAGGGGAGGAAGGGCUGGACUUUCCUGAGUACGAUGGUGUGGACCGUGUGAUCAAUGUCAACGCAAAGAACUACAAGAACGUGUUCAAGAAGUACGAGGUGCUGGCGCUCCUUUACCACGAACCCCCUGAGGAUGACAAGGCCUCACAAAGACAAUUUGAGAUGGAGGAGCUGAUCCUAGAGUUAGCAGCCCAAGUCCUAGAAGACAAGGGUGUUGGCUUCGGGCUGGUGGACUCUGAGAAGGACGCAGCCGUGGCCAAGAAACUAGGACUCGUGGAGGAGGACAGCGUUUAUGUGUUCAAGGGAGACGAAGUCAUUGAGUAUGAUGGCGAGUUUUCAGCUGACACCCUGGUGGAGUUUCUGCUUGAUGUCCUGGAGGACCCUGUGGAGUUGAUCGAGGGUGAACGAGAGCUGCAGGCAUUUGAAAAUAUCGAGGACGAGAUCAAACUCAUUGGCUACUUCAAGAACAAAGACUCAGAGCAUUACAAAGCCUUCGAGGACGCGGCCGAAGAGUUUCAUCCCUACAUCCCCUUCUUUGCCACCUUCGACAGCAAGGUGGCAAAAAAAUUGACCCUGAAGCUGAAUGAGAUCGAUUUCUAUGAGGCCUUCAUGGAAGAGCCUGUGACCAUCCCAGACAAACCCAAUAGCGAAGAGGAGAUUGUCAACUUUGUGGAGGAGCACAGGAGAUCAACCCUUCGGAAACUGAAGCCUGAGAGUAUGUACGAGACCUGGGAGGAUGACCUGGAUGGAAUCCACAUUGUGGCCUUUGCAGAGGAAGCUGAUCCUGAUGGCUUCGAGUUCUUAGAGACUCUCAAGUCUGUGGCCCAAGAUAAUACUGACAACCCUGAUCUUAGCAUCAUCUGGAUUGACCCUGAUGACUUCCCUCUGCUGGUGCCGUACUGGGAGAAGACAUUUGACAUCGACUUGUCAGCCCCACAAAUCGGAGUCGUCAAUGUCACUGAUGCGGAUAGCAUAUGGAUGGAGAUGGACGAUGAGGAGGACCUGCCUUCCGCUGAGGAGCUGGAAGACUGGCUAGAGGACGUGCUGGAGGGUGAGAUCAACACAGAGGAUGACGAUGACGACGAUGAUGAUGAUGACGACGACGAUGAUGAUGACUAGUUGCUGUGGCAACCAUCUCCCAGCCCCACCUUGCUCUUCAUGUACCCUCCUGUCUUCCCUGUCCUUCCCCGAGUUCCUCCAGGGACACUAACUAGGUCAUCCUACCAUAGGGUUAGCUGGGCUCUAUAUAUUGGGUGCUAAGCUCUAUCCCCCUCAACCAAUGAGGAAAGCAGCUCUCGAACACCAGCCCACCUCUCUCAUCUGACUUGUUUCUUAUCCUACAACGCACCUGAAUUUUAUUGUUUCUUCCAAUACUCUCCAUUUUCUUGCUUGGGGUUCUCCCCUUGCCUUAUCUCUCCCGUUCCUCCCAUCUAUGCACAAUCUUCCCCAACCCUCUCCCUUAUCCUGUAUCCUUCUGACUGUCCUGUCCCUGGCCAGGAGGAAGGGAGGGUACUCUGUUUGGGGCUGUAUCUCAGCCGUUUCCUGUUAAUGUAUUCAGGUCAAAUACAAGGACUUAAUAAAAGAGAUCUGGGGCAGCACAA